AUGGCCCCCGAGGUCUCCACCCGCAAGACGUCCGCUCGCAAGACGUCUGCUCGCAAGGCAUCUGCUUCUACUAGCUCGCCAGCAUCCUCGCCUAUCCAAGACCACAAGCCGAGAUCCAGAAAGGACCACGAUCGUGCGCGCUCGAAGAGCCACCCAGCUUGCUAUUGCUGCUACGACCGUCGUGUGAAAUGCAGCAACACUAAGUUCAUGACGGGAUUCCCUUGCAGGGCCUGUGUGAGGAGAGGCACAACCGCCGACUGCAUCGCGCACAAGGACCAUCCAAAUUGGGUCCCAGGUGUGACAGGCGCCACACACAAGCGCAAGCGCAAGGUCAAGCAGCUCGAGCAGGAUGCCGCGGACGAGGCCAAGGAUGGGAACAAGGAGAAGCCAAAGAAGAAGCAGAAGGGUCCGAAGCCGAGGGCAGUCAAUGUCGAAGUGGCCGCACCAGUCGGUGUGGAAGUGCCGACUACCAACAAGUCAUCCAAGCGUAAGGCUAAUGCGCUCGAGCCGAAGGAUGAGGAUGAGGCCAGCAUGGGCAAUGAUCAAGAACCAAAGAAGAAGCGCCUGAGAAAGGACAAGACCGUCGAUGAGGUCGCCACAUCGGCCGCUCCAUUGCCAGGUACUGGUUCGCCACGCCGUUCCCUCCGCAACAACAUCGUGCACGUCGCCAAUACCGAUGAUGGCGAAGACGUUCAGAGCGAGGAUGGACAGUCAGAAGAUGGAGUCGCGCAGCUCGAGGAGAUGCCAGAGCAGGGAGACAACGUCGAUGAGGCCGAACCGCACACAGAUCAGCUGCCUGGCGUCACUAUCAAACCGAAUGCCUCCAAGCUGUCCACCGUCCAAGAGAUCGAGUCCAGCCUGGGGAGCGCCGCUGAUCGUCCAGAAGUUGGCCUCGUGCUCGAGCAAAUGCACAGCAGGUACACAUCGGGCAGCGGAGAGGUCCCACACCGCAUGCAUCUUCUCAUGGCUCGGGUUGUCCGCCACUGCGAGGCAGCCGGUGUCUCAGCUCCUAGAGACCAACCAAGCCAUUGA